CACAACAAGAAUCGUUGUGAAUACGCUUCGAGUGUCGUCACACUCUUCUUUCCCUUGCCAUUCUUCUGGUUGACUCUUGGCAAGUCUUUACCUUCUUUUUGACGCGCCCUCUGUUCGCUGUCGCUAUCGCAUUUGUUUGAGCUUCCCAUUCUUCGCAUCUUCCUUGGCGCCUCGGCUGUAAUAGACACGAAGACAAAUACGACAUUUAAACCACCAAUAAACGAGAACGAACAAUCCUAUUGUUUACCCCGGAAGCCCAGGAACAAUGGGCUACAUCGCCAACACACCCGAGGAACGCCUCGAGCGAUCCGACUCGAAAAAUCCAAAGACAACUUGCAAGGGCCUCACGGGCACGGGGAACUUAUGUCGCAACUCAGUCACGCCCGCAAGGGGCAAGAUGCUUUCGCCAACAGUCAAGGAGGAGUCGCUCUACUGCCACCACCACAAAGAUCAGGCCGCAAGUCGCUCUGCACAGUCGAGUCCCGGCCCUAGGCUGUCCGGCAGACCCAUCUUGGAAGAGCGAACGAGCAUCGAUACACUCGCGGAUCGCCUUGGCCUGAUGGACGUCGGCUCCAACCCAACCAAGAAGCAGAAACGACCUCAGGGAGGACGGCUCAGCGGCGGCAGUGGAACGCAAGCCACGACCGCCUCGAAGCCGCCAUCGGCAUACACGCGUCCACCGCAAAAUGAGCGCAAGGAGCUGCACCUCUGCUGCUGCUUCAGCAUACCCAUCGAUGAAGUCCAAGAAUCCCAGCCCGCGCCUCGGCCCCAGCCGCGACCGGUGCAGAACGGUGGCUCCGCAGCCAUGCCCCGGCCCUCGAGCCAGCUCCUGGCCCCCUCGAACUCACGCCCGCGACCGAGCACGUCGAGCCAUUCCCGGAAGAGCUCCCAGCAAGCGUCCCCUCAGCCGCUCUCGACGUCCCAGACAGCUCAGUAUCUAUCGCUCAUCCCCCCAUCGACCGACCCUCAGACGGCCUCGGCGCUGAUGGCGGAAUUGGCGAGACCGUACGGCAACUCUGAAGAACCAGGCUACAUCUACAUGUUCUGGAUCACCCCGACAUCUAAGAAGGAGGCGGCACCUGUGCAGGAGGCAAGAUCUCUCCUCGCACCGCCUUCGCCGGCCCGGGGCGUGGGGCGCAACCGACGGUCCAGCGACGUUGUGUCGGCAUUUGCAAACACGAAUGGCGGCGCAUCGGGAGACAAUAAGAUGCUCAUCAAGAUCGGAAGGGCGCAAAACGUCCAGCGUCGGAUGCAGCAGUGGACGAAGCAGUGUUCCUACGAGAUCGAGGUACUGCGAUACUACCCGUACAUACCGGGAGCGAGCGCGGCAUCGGGACAGCAGCCGCGCAUGACGCCGCACGUGCACCGCGUUGAGCGGUUGAUUCACAUCGAGCUGUCGGGCAUGGGUUUGCAUGCUGGGCCCAUAACGUGUGCCGGAUGCACCUCGGUGCACCGCGAGUGGUUUGAGGUGCAGACGUCUAAGAAGGGCAUUGGCGCGGUGGACGAUGUGAUUCGGAGAUGGGUUGACUGGGACGAGACGACUGUUUGAUUCUAGCGAGUUGAUUGGACUUGCUGAGGAUU